AUGUCUGCGGUUUAUACCGUGUUUUUAACCAUUGGAUUGUUGUUAUCAGGCGUUUCUAUCCCUUUGAUAUUAACGUUUCAGGAUAAUCAAAAGAUUUACGUCAAACAAGAUGACAAAACACCAGAUGAGCAAGAGUUUUACUAUUUCAACCAGCCUCUACUGCAAACGUCCAUGAUAUUCCUGGGUGAGCUCAUCUGUAUCUUGAUUAUCCACUUGGUGACAAAGACGCCCUCCAUGCUGGAUAGAUCUAUGCUUGAAGCUGUCCAGCCCCACAAUCCCAACUCAUACAGUGAUUAUAAUGAGUGGACGAUGCCCCGUACUUCAACCUGGUCUUGGUCUGCUGCUUGGUUUAUCCUGCCCAGCGCAUGCGAUUUAAUUGCUACGACCCUGCUCAAUCUAGGUUUGAUCUAUACCAGCCCCUCUGUAUACCAAAUGAUGAAGAGUAGCAUUGUUGGCUUUUCUGCCAUCUUUAGCUGUUUGUUCCUUUCUCGCAAGUUUUUGGGUAAGGAAUGGGUAUCCAUCUCUGCAAUACUUAUAGGCACUGUCACCAUCAUCGGCUCUGUUCUCUACAAGGAUAAGUUCAAUUACUGGGGCCCUAUCUAUUUAGUUGUAGCACAACUUUUUGUCGCUGCUCAGUUUAUCUUGGAGGAGUAUCUGAUGGAUCGUUUCAAUCUUGAUCCAGUCAGAGCCAUGGGCAUCGAGGGUAUUUUUGGUACCUUGUUGCUGAGUGUUGCAUUGGUUAUCACUGCGUUAUUCGGCCAAAACGUAUUUGAUAUCACGCAAGGGCUGCAAGACGUAUUCAGCUCUUAUGUUUUGUGGCAAAGUGCCUUGCUGUUGGCAUUUAUGGUAGCUAUCUUUAAUUUCUUUGGUUUGGCAGUCAGUACCACGAUCGGGGUACCUGGACGUAGCAUGAUUGACACAUCAAGAACCGUUCUUACUUGGAUUAUUGCUGUUCAUUACGGUUGGGAUUCUUUCUCCUGGUUGGAGUGUGUCGGUUUUACCGUCUUGGUGGUUGGUGUCUUUAUCUUCAAUGGUGUCUUUACUAGCUUAAAAUCAAGCGUUGUUGGUGAAUCAACUCCUUUAUUAUCUUGA